CGAAACGUAGAAAACAUGGCGUCGCUGUCAUUCGGGGUGUGAAAAAAGUUCCCAAAAAAAUUAGGAAGUGCAAAUGCGUUCUAAAUAUUAAUUGAAUUACCACAAUUUUCUUGACAAAAUGGUAACUAUUGUGUGCACAAGGGAUAUUCAUAUUGAUUUUAAGUGAAGAGUGAGGAGUUAAUUGGAAAAUUGUAGUGAAAAGUACUCCGGCGUUUGCGGUAGCAAAACGUUUUGGAGGGUGGUGGAAAAUUCUGUGAAAAGUAUCCAUAUCUUAGUGAAAAGUCUAGGAAAACUCGUGUAAAAUGUACAAUGGGAUUGGACUCACAACCCCCAGGGGUUCUGGGACAAAUGGGCAUGUUCAGAGGAACUGGGCGUUUGUGCGUCCGGGAAAGAAGGAUUCGGCUUCAGUGACGUAUAAAACAGACGAAGAUCUGGCCAAAUUGGAUGCUCAGGCCAACAAGGGGCCAAAUCAGGAAAUCCUCGAUCAUGAGCGGAAGCGCAAGAUCGAGGUAAAAUGUGCAGAACUGGAGGAAAUCCUUGAGAAACAAGGGUACCCACUGAACGAGAUUAUGGACAAGGUGGAUGCAUAUCGACUGAAGUUACUCAACGUGGGACGGGAAGAUGUUCCACGUGAUGAAUUUGGGCGGAUUCAAGUCCGCGAAACUCACCAAAUUGCAGCGGCUCAGCAAGAGAAGAAUGCCAAGUUGAGGGAGGCUUUUGGUAUCUCUGAGUACUUCAUGGAAGGAACCAGUUUGGAUCCUGAAAGGAAGGCAAAGGAGGAUCUGGCCAAAAGUGUAGCUCUUCAGGCUGAAUUGUUGGCUCAGAGGCAGGCGGAAAGGCUGAGGAGUAAGAAAUAUGCUCUGGUGAGGACUCCAUCGCCAGAGAAGGAAGAGCCCAAGGAGAAGAAGAAAAAGAAGAAGAAAUCUCGUGAUUUAUCAUCGAGUCCUGAACGCAAGAAGGAGAAGAAAUCGAAAAAGUCAAAGAAGAAAAAAUCCAAGAAGAAGAAAAGCUCAAAGAAGGCAAGAGCUGAUACAGAUAGUGAUUCAUCAGAUAGUGCAUCAGAUUCAGAUGAUUCUGACAGUGAGGAUGAUCGCAAGAGGAAGAGAUCUUCCAAGAAAGACAAGAAGAAGAAAUCCAAGAAGAAGAAACGGUCUGAAUCUGAAAAUUCUAGAGACAGUUCUCCGGAAGUUAGAAAGAAACACUCAUCGAAGCAUCGUGAGAAGCGUCGUCGAGAGGAAGUGGAAGAUAAGAGAGAUCGUCGAGAUAAGCGAGAUAGUCGCAGAAGGGAUCGUGAAUCGAAAGAAGAUCAUCAUUCUCGUAGAUCACGCUCACGUAGUGAAAGAAGAUCGCGAGAGAAGAAGAAGUCUCCAAAAUCGAGACAGAAGAGUGUUUCUCCUAAGCGUUCCAAGUAUGACAAGAGAUCGGUGACGCCCAAGAGAGAUCACAGGCAGAGAUCAGUGUCACCUGAAGAUCGUGGGAAGAAAGAUAAGAAUCGCCGAAGGAGUAUCACUCCGGUCAAAGAGGCCAAGAGAAAGGUUUCGAGAUCGCGAUCUCGGCAGAGAAAUGAUCGAUCUUCGCAGAGGAAUCGUUCGAGGACACCUCAAAAGCAUAGAUCGCGAACUCCAGAACGACGAAGACGCCGAUCUGGAUCUUCUCGAAGGGAUUCUUCGCGAUCUCCAAGGCGCAACAGAUCACGUGAUCGAAAGAACCAUUCACCUAGUCCGAAGGCACAGAAACGAAGGCAACAGAGAGAAUCACAUGACAGUAAGUCUCCAAGUCGAAAGAGGAGUCGGGUUAGGAGGAGUCCAACACCUGAGAUAUCCCGGGAUCGUAGAGAUCGUAGCAGAAGAUCGCGAUCAUUGUCACAGAGGAAGAGUGGAAAAGGUCCAGAUGAGGACUAUCGUAAGAGAUCAGUUGAUGAAGAUCCAAGAGCUUCGACAUCCAAAUCUGGACGAUAUGAAGCUAGACUAGACUCAAGGAGUGAGAUUAAAGCCAAUUCGAAGAGAGUCUCUGAAGAAAAGAAAUCACGAUCGCCAUCGAGUGACUCAUCAGCUUUGAGUUACUCCCCAGCUCGACGCAAUCCAGAACUGUACAAGGAAAUUCUACAACGAAAAGCGGACGACAGGAGAACUCAGGAAAAAUCCAAGUCACCAGUACCCAGAAGGACUCAAUCUAGCCGUGGCAGAACACCUUCGCCGCCUCAGAAGAAGACGCAAGAAGAAAAGGUGUCCAAGGAGUCGAGAUCUCGUUCCCGGGAACGCAAACGCCUCCCCAAUAAGCCAGUUGUAAGGGUUCAGACACUUGCUGAGCGGGAGGAGAGUGCAGAUAGUCAAGAGGAUGCCCGAGGGGCAAGAGAUUAUCCAGAAGCUGAACUUUUUAUGAAGAGAAUGGAUCUUGAACCAAAAGAUCUCGAUAUGCUCAUUGCACUGAAGAGUGGUUUGGCAGCAAAAGCCAAGGAAACCAUUGAGAAGAAGCGUACGACUUCGGAGUCUGUAUAUCAGGCUACUUCAUCACGGAUCCCAAUAAGUGUACCCCUGACUGAGCCACAGCCUCAGAUACAGGCAGCAAGUGGAGAGAAAUUGGUGGAAUUUGAGCAGAGAACUUCAUCCUCAUCUUCAUCUUCGUCUUCUUCGUCAUCUUCAUCAUCCAGUUCCGAAGAUGACAGUCCGAAGAAGCCAGAACCGAAACCGGAGAAGGCAAAAAUCAUGAUUCCACCGUUCAAGAUCAACGACAAGGCAUCACCCAAGAGGAAGCCUGAGGAAAAGGUUGAAGUGGCUCCAGUGAAACCAGUAAAACAACCGCCCGUGGCUCAGAUCUCACCUAAGCCCAAAGUUGACUCCACUUCUGGGAAUCCUGCUGGGAAUACGACAAGAAAAUCAAGGAGUCGAUCACGAUCGUCAAAGCGAUCUCGCUACUCAUCUUCAUCAAGUGGCUCAAGUAGCGGAAGUUCUGGUUCAAGGAGCCACUCUUCACGUUCUAGUCGCUCUGGAAGUCGAAGCAGCAGCUCCGGAAGUUCUUCUGCAAGCUCUCGGAGAUCGAGAUCACGAUCAUCUGAACGAUCUCGAUCACCAUCGAUUCCUCGACGACGUGGAUCACCAAGUUUUCUCGAUCGACGUCGGAUCACGAGUGCGAGGAAGAGGCCGAUUCCUUACCAUCGACCAACACCAUCGACUCCCUCGAGCGGAAGCAGCUAUAGCUCUCCGUUCAGUCAUGCUGGCUCCAGGAGCAAGAGUCGCACGGUGUCUCCACAUUAGGCUGGAGCGAUAUGCUAAUCAAAAUGCCAUCGUAUAUUAACAGCAAUCAGCAAUUUAACUGUGUUUAGGAUUGAAUGUAUCUUAUAGUGAAAACUACCACAAUUUUAUCAUUCCCCCUCCACAUUCCCAUUCCCAAAAAAGCAGGGAUUCAUGGAAAAUAUUUAAAUUUUCAUUUGAAAAUUGAUUAAAUUGUUUUCAAUGGGGAAUAUUUCACAAAAAUUGUCUCAUCAACAAUUACGAGUCAAGGGGGAAAUAUCUAACGAAUACCACAAAAUUAUAGAGAAUAUUUAAAAAUUUUAUGCUUUCUGCAAAUAUCUUUCAAAAAUAUCUAAAUGAAAUGAGAAGUAAUACCCUAGAUCAGGCCUGUGCUAAAAUAAAAGCCGAAGUGAAUAUUGUGGUGCCAGUUUUUAUUCUUCGAAAUGCCGCGAAAAUUCACGUUGAGAAAAUGAGAAGUUUUUAAUGUGAAAUUUUUUUAAUUCCUUAGAGUUAAGUCAUUUUCACAAGAAAAUUCUUUUAAUAAUUUAUUUGAAUACAGUGAUUUGGGUUAAUCUUGAAUAAUUGUCGAUAUUACAACAAAAAUAUUGGGAUGAAAUUUUGAGCUGGAAGACUCAUAUUCUUUUGAGCUGUCCCAAAAUUUAGGAUAGGUUUGAGAAAAACCCUUUUGUACAACACUAUUUUGAUUAAUAAGGACUACAAAAGUACAUAUUACAAGAAGGGACACGACCUGCUAAUAAGGAUAAAAUAGAGAAGAAAAUAUUUUGUCGCAUUUCAGAGAUUUUUUGCAACCGAAGCGCCGCCAGACGUUUGUCAAGUGAGUUAUUUGUGUCUCUAUCUCUCUCUCACAGUUGAAUUGCGCGCGAUUUAGGAAGCUUGUCAUUUGAAAUAAUAUUUUCUUUAAAUUUCUUCAUAUUUCCGGAAGAUUCAAGUAAAAGGGUAUUUAGUGAACAGCUAUCCGUAUUUCGACAAAGAUAUCAAGAAGACAAUUUAUUUUUAUGAGAGUUUUUCUUUCUAUUAUGUCAUUUUGGCGCAAAAAUAUUCAUCAUAGCACCGUGAAUAAGCGGGAUUAGUGUUACCACCACGUCAAUCUGCAAUUUCCAUUAGAACUAUCAACACAAAAUUUCCGAUACUACACGACUUUUAAUAAGCACAGGUCUGCCCUAGAUACACUUACGACUUAAGGCGAGAGAUUUAUGUUGAGAGCAGUGGUUCCCAGAAUAUGGUAUUAGGAGCAAUGGCAUGUUAGGGAUUUGGGUAGCUAUGACCCCACCUAAAUAAUAAAUGCACCCUGAUGCGACCACCCCCUAGAAAGGAUAAAAAAAACUCAUCCAUGGCUUCGAUUAAGUGAAAAGACAUCGUGCAAUUGUGAUCUAAUUUGGGUAAAAUACCCCAGAAUUCAAUGCCUGAACUCCUCUAGGCGUAUUUAGGGAAUAAUGCAGAGUAGGGUUGUCGAUAGGAAGGCCCAAAAUUACCGUUCUCUUCCGCUUACGACAGCCAUUGGGGCAUUUCCAAAGGUCUAAAGCAGGGUUCUAGGAUUCUUAUAUUUCAUCCCUCUUUCAGAAGAGUUUCUACUUCUCGACUUUUAGUAAGCCUCAAGGCGACUUGCACGUAAAUGCUCUCACGGCAGGAGAAUUAAACCUAAACGGUGGAAUCAUAGAGAUUUCAUUCAUAGGAACAAGAGGAAUGCGCGUGUCUGGUAGGGUUGACUCGGUUACUGCAACCCUAGGAGCCUCCCCAUUUAAAGAGCAGGCGAUUCAUCCUGAACUGUGAUUGAUAAGGUAAAGUCCCUUCGAGUCGACCAGUUCCUCGACUCGAUCGGUUUGUCAAUUUUUGAAUGUUUAAUGGCAAAUUUACACGAAAUUGUCACUGAUUCGUAUUUAUUUAUGGAAUAAAUGACCUAUUAAUGUUAGAUCAUACGCCAAAUAUCAGUGCAAAUAUAAAUAAAUUGAAUAAAUAACUCUACCGGUCGACUUGAAGGCACUUUACCUUACCAAAUGCAAAAACUACGCCUGGGUUAUAAAGGUGCAAAGAUUAACUCCCUCUUUUUCUCUGAUUAUUCCAAAAACGUUGGGUCCGUCUUCCUUGUUGUUCAAACGCUUAUACGAGGCCCUCCCGAAGUUUAGGGUUUAAGUGUAAAAAAUUACACCAAAGCCGCCAAUAUACUGGAAUUCUUGUCUCAAAACAAGUAUUUCGGGGUAUGAGGGACCCAAGACCGUAUUCUGGAUAAGGCAAGAGGAGGUCUGUCGUCAAUAAUUCACUAUCCCUAAGUAAUUACGAUGCAAUUUUAUCACAAUAUCUACGCUCAAUAACGAUCCAAGUGGAAGAGAGCAAUGAAUUUGCUGUUAAGAUACACAUUUUAGACACAGAUAUACAGUAGACUCUCUCAAAUUCGGGCAUAUGGGACCGAAAUGUCAGCCGAAUUAGACAGAAAUUAGGGCGACAAACUUUUUGAAAUGCAACGAUUUUUUAUUCAUGUGCAUAUAGAUAUUGAGUUUACACACUCAUAUAUAACGUAAAUUGCAUUAAAAUCACUUAAUAAUGCAAAAUCACAUCAAAACUAAGAGAAACCAUGCCAAAUUUGAGCAUAUUUGAUUCAUUUGAUAAUCAUAAUCAAACUUGAAAAAUGACAACAAACUUUUUUCAAAUGUAACCGCUGCCCGAAUUAAAAAGUAGCUCAAUCUUAAAAGAGCCGAAUUUGCGAGAGUCUACUGUACAUCUAAUGAUAUUUUUGUACGCUUUCAUAAAAGACAGAUAGUGCAGAACAGAUUUCAGGAAAUUUUUUAAUAUAUUCCUGGAUAAAAUCAGAGCACUUUAGAAUAGAAAAUUCUUAACGGAGAUCUACACUUAAUUGUGUAUUUCUGAUAAAAAAAAGUUAAAUUUAAAAUAAAAUUACAUUCAGAUAUCUCCCCCUUUACUGCUGUAAUUCCUCAAUUUAUUUGGGAUUGCAUUAUUUAUGAGUAAAAUGACAAUUCCAAACCACUUACCAAAUAGAAUAUUCCAUGAAUCCUCGACAUUCCCAAUGUUUUCAUCCAAUCUAGUCUUUAAAAAAAAAGUCUUUUGACGCUUGAUUUUCUUUGUGCAAUUUUUACCCCUGAAUAACACGCUCCAAGUGUAUUUAUUCCCUUAAUCAUUAACAUUUAUUUCCAUAAAAAGGCAUGAUUUUACAAUAAAAAAUAAUCCCACAGUCACCAACCCCAAGAAAUGCUCCAGAGUUGCUCUCUCUUCAAAGCAUAAAAAAAGUAAAAAUAUAAAAAUAAUGGAAUACAGAAGAGUAUAGAGAAAAUAAAAUGCCACAUUUGUGAUUGA